GGCGGUGCCACCCAUGCAGCAGCUCCCCUCGGGCCUCGCCGACCGCCCCCCGCUACCCUUACGUUCCCCUCGCCCUCGGCUAUGGUAACUGCGACCUCCUCUGUAAACAUGGGUCAUCUCGGCUUGGCAUGCGAGGGCGACGGCGUGGACCAGAUGCUGGAGGAACACCCGACCUACCUUGAGUGCUUCUCGAGGCUCCAUCAUGAAAUCAUGGCUGGCGACGGACCCCUCCCCGAGCACUACCGACGCUACAUCGCCAUCAUGGCCGCUUGCCGCCACAACUGCAGCUACCUGGUGGAGGAGCAGCGGCAGGCCUUCCGCGAGUCCGGCGGGCCCGAGGAGUGGCUGCUGGGCCUCGAGUUCGCCCCCAAGAAGCUCCAGGAACUCCACCACACCAACCUCAUCCUCGCGCACCAGCCCUGGCUCUACGAUAUACAUCACGUCGAGAAGUUAUUGAAGAGCUGCUGGUCGGUGGGCGAGCUGACGCAAGCCAUCUGCAUCUUGGCGCAGUUCCACGCCCUCUCCUCCUACGUCCACGGCUGCGGGAUCGAGGUGUCGUCCGGGGAGGUCGCCGUCCAGCCGUCCUUCCUGCAGAAUUCAGCUUCCGUUUCCAAUCUCUGGAGUCAAAUCGUGAUAGUUGAGCCGCCUCUGAAAUCGCAUGACCCCUUAGUCUCGAUGUCAUUCACGACACAUUAG